CGCUUUGUCGCAUCGGCAUCAUACCAUCAAACUAGUAAUUCAAGCAACAACCAUGGCCCACUCAGCCAGAUGCUACUGUGAUACUCACAAGUGCAGUGGUACACUUGUAGCAGUUCACACCAAAAAGUCUCAUGAACGAGCCGAUCUUCGCAGGAAGUCACAGAGCACCAUCCACUCUGGACGCAUCUUUCCCCACAAGAUCACUCACCUGGAACCUGUACCAUGCGAAAAUCCAGCUCCUGCAGCUCUUGUUGCACCGAUCUUUGAUUUUCCAGACCCCCCUCCUGUCUCUCCAUGUGCUGUUGAGCAGGAAAUGCUCGAUCAUGCCAUACUUACGCAGGAAGAUAUAGAUAUUCAAAAUCACGGUCGCGCUCUUCCCAAUCUUGGCCCGAAUUUUCAUACACCCGAGGCACUUCUCGAUGCGGUUGACUUUUACGAUACAUACCAUACUGUUACCGCAGCUGGCGCGCAGCCCCUGAAUCGGUAUCAUGCCCAUUCAAUACCCAAGGACCCGGAGCAGCGUGCAAUGGAACGAGAACUGGAGAAGGCAUUGGAUGAGGGAGUGCGAGGGAUGGACACUAAUGACAAAGAAGACAUGGAUGUCGACGUGGACAUGGAUAUGGCUGAUUUGAACCUCGAUGAAGCCAUGAUGGAUGACGACACCUCUGCCGAUUUGAUCCAACCCCUGGUCAAUGACGAGGAUUCACCCGAUCCUUUCGAACCAGAUGAGGCGUUUUUUAUGUCGAAUGGCGCCUGUGCCAUGUCGACUAUUCAACCUCACCUCCUCACUAUAUAUGCAGUCACUAUGUGGCUGCAUCUGCAAUGGCACCUCCCUCGUGCCGCAUGUAAUGCACUUCUUUCUAUUUUAGGUUGCCUGCUGUUGUUCGUGUCUCCUCAGCUCGAGAUCCCAUUCCGCACCCUGCAGUCAGCCACACGCGUGCUAGCACUCAAUACUCCUUUUUACACCCUUCCUUGCUGCCCCACAUGCCAAGAAGUAUAUCCGCCCACAGGUUCUACGCACGAGCAAGAUCACUGCAUGACUUGCAAUAUCCCUCUUUUUCUACCUGAUACCACCAAGCGCGGUUUUCUGCGAGCAAAGAAAAUUCCGUAUGUUAAAUACCCAUAUCUCCCUCUUUCAGUCCAAAUUCGGUCCAUCUUAACGAUCCCGGGAGUUGAAGCAACACUUAAUGGCUGGCGUUCAAAGCCAUGAACACCCGGUCAAUACACAGAUAUCUUCGAUGGGAAUGUGUGUCGCUUGAAUCUUAAAGCGCCCGAUGGGACACUUUUCUUUUCAAAUAGCCCAAAUGAACUUCAAGGUCCCAACAACGAGCUUCACUUAGGCGUCAAUCUAGGGAUUGAUUGGUGC